GUGUGUUUGAACACACAGUCACACAGACAGGCAGACACACAGGGCUCAGGGCCUUUGAAUGGACCCUGCCCCCUCCCCUCCCACCACCCAGAGCUGUCUGUGCUUUCUCCAGGCUUCAGCCUGUUUCUUAGCCUGGGAUCUGCGCAGCAUUGAGGGACCCACAAGUCAACCUUGAGACCUUUGGCCCAGCCGGCCCUACCAUGACAAAGGAGUAUCAAGAUCUUCAGCAUCUGGACAACGAGGAGAAUGACCAUCAGCACAGAAAAAGGCCGCCUCCUCCUCAUUCAUUCAGUCGGCGUCUCUGCACCGGACCCAGCCUCCUCCUGGUCUCCAUGGGCCUUAGCCUCCUGCUGCUAGUGGUUCUCUGUGUGAUCGGAUCCCAGAGUGGGUUCCCCAGGGGGUAGGGGGUGUUUGGGAAGGAAGAGGGGGGGGAUGUGAGUGCGCAUGCGUACCGCGGUCUCUCAGACCAAACCAAGGGGCACUGUGGCUGAAGUAUCUGCGAUCUAUGUUCACGCCCCAGCAGGCAGAUGACAGAACUCUCCCCAGAUCACUCCAGCUUGCUGCUCCACGUGAAGCAGUUUGUGUCUGACCUCCGAAGCCUGAGCUGUCAGAUGUCUGUCCUCCAGGGCAAUGGCUCUGAAAAGGCCUGCUGCCCAGUGAACUGGAUGGAUUAUGAAGGCAGCUGCUACUGGUUCUCUCGCUCCGGGAAGCCCUGGCCGGAGGCAGAGAAGUACUGCCAAUUAGAGAACGCCCACCUAGUGGUGGUGGGCUCCUGGGAGGAGCAGAAAUUUAUCCAGCACCACAUGGGCCCUGUAAAUACCUGGAUAGGCCUCACGGAUGAAAAUGGGCCCUGGAAAUGGGUGGACGGGACGGACUACGAGACAGGCUUCAAGAACUGGGCGCCAGAGCAGCCAGACGACUGGUACGGGCACGGGCUCGGAGGGGGUGAGGACUGUGCCCACUUCACGGAAGACGGCCGCUGGAAUGAUGACGUCUGCCCGAGGCCCUACCGCUGGGUCUGUGAGGCCCCACGGGACAGAGGCGAUGACAGCUAAGAGCCUCCUCUCCCCUAAUUUAUUUCCUCAAUGCCUUUACCUGACGUAGGGGUCCUGGUUUGGGGCCCUUCUAUCUGGGGGCUUCUAGAUUUUCAUCUAAGAUUUUAGAGGGAAGGGGGAAGGAUGGUGUCUGAGGAAUGUAGAAUGAUGUUUAGAGGGGUGAGGAGAUUGAAACCCAUGCUGCUUUCUAUGGUUUGCAGGUUAUUAUUGUCAACUGGAUUUUUUUAGAGUAAAAAGAAGAGAAAUACACAAAA